UACCUCAACAUACCUCCCCGCGUUAGACCAUUUCUAGGGUUCCCGUACUACUCUUCCCAAGACAGCCCCUAGCCAUUAUCCCUUCUAGGAUUUCAUACAGGCGUCUCGCAUUUCCUACGAAAAACUCGUCUUGGAGAACAGUGUCUGAUUGCUGCCUGCUCCAACUGUGUCUAAAUAGCACAAUCGUACCGUCGCUGCUCGCAUUUCCUCCAUCACGUCCCCUAAACGCGUCAAUCUCUUUGCUCAUCAUUAUCACUUCACAUUGCUGGCUAAUAGUGGGGACAAGAACGACCGGCGGCAUGGCAGUCGGCGUUAGGGUUGGGAUGCUGAUGAUCGGCGUGUGAUGGACCAGACGCAGCACGCGUCGAUCAAGCAGCGAAGGAGACUCGAUAUUAAGGAAAAGCCAGAUACGAUAGUAUUCAGCAGAGGCCAGCGAGAUACUCAGGAGGAGCGAGAUAUUAAGGAAAAGCGAGGUUCGAUUACACUCAGCAGGGAAGCUGCUGGAUCCUCUGGAAGCUUGAAGUACGGUUCACAGGCAGCUUUUGAGGCGCCUCAAAAGCAGGACGGUUCACAGGCACGAGGCAAUACCAGCGGGGAGCGGAAACACAAGACAAAGAGCCAAGUAAUCCGUUGAGUAGUGCCACAGAUAGGCCAUUAACCAGGCAGAAAGGCGUAUCUGUGCCUUUCUUCCAGGCUCUACUUCUAGUUGCUGUCGCUCUACUCCUCGGCAACUGGCAGCGGAUUUUACAGGGUAAUUUACCCCUUGGAAGUCUACCUCUCGAGGCUUUACACUUUGGAGGCGCCCUGCUCUCGCCGCUCUACCAGUCGGGCCCAGCAUGCCGCACGUGUGACCGCGCCUCAUGCUCCUUCGCCUACCUGCAGGGACUAGCAAACCUCGUGACCUUGGCCCCUCUAGGCCCUCCCAGCAUGGCGUCCAAAUGGGCCAAGUUUCAAAUGCCCUCUCUCUCUGAUGCCGAUGACAUCCCAGAUGGUGUGGUGAUCCAGAUAGUGGCUUCUGAUUGGUCCGUGGUGGCGGCACCUGGGGGUGACUGGAGCCAACCGCUGGGUUUGGAGAAGGCGGGAGGGCAGGAGGGCAGCAAAAUCGGGGAUGUGUUCACUGUGGUGGUUGUGAAGACGGCCGAACCCAACAGGGAAGCAGCUUCAUCUCGCUCCCUGUGGGGCAUGUUUGGCUUCUCUAAUACCUCCAGCAAGGGUCAAUCCGUGUGGGGGAGGAAGCAAGAAGGCGGUUCAGACGACGAGGAGGAGGAAGGCGUGGAGGCAGGGGAGGGGGAGGGGGAGGCGGAGGUGGAGGAGAUGGAGGUGCAUGUGGCGCUGAAGGCGCCCAACGGCUGUGCACUGUCGGCCCAUGCUGAUGGGUCGUUGCGGGCGGAUACACCACCCGAUGCCGACCUGCUGGACUGCCAUGUGUUCCGCGUCACUCGCAACGUCCGCACCGGGAAAUUCGCCUUCUAUUCCAUGAGCAACGAACGUUACCUACGCGCGCUGCAGCCCUCGCUGCUCUUCACGUCCAUGGUGCAGGGCGACGCCGAGACCUUCUCCAUCCGCCGCCUCGACAUGCUGCCCAAGUUCCUCGGAGUCAACCUGGGUGGCUGGCUUGUGGCCGAGGCCUGGAUGUGCCCGCCUGCCCUCUUCGAAGGGGUCUUCACUGAUCUACUGGACGGCACGUCCAUCCAGCUACAGUCCGUGGACGGCAAGUGGGUGGCAGCAGAGGGAGGGGGCGGCGACCAGCUCAGGGCCAAUAGAGAUGCUGCCAGUGCUUGGGAAACUUUUUUUCUUCGCCGGGCAGAUCACGGAGCGUUUUUCAUCCGGGCGGGAAGUGGGCACUUCUGGAGCGUGGAUGCUGAAAGUGGCGAGGUGUUUGCAAACAAGGAGGAUGAGGAGGAGGGUGAGAUGUUCUGGGUGCGGCACAAGCUGGGCGAGGAGGGCACGGUGCAGCUGAGAGCGGCUAACGGGAACUGGGUGCAAGCCCUGGAGGACGGCAGGCUUAUAGCGGAUAUUGACGAAGACGCUCCUAGGUGGGACACCACGUGCACCUUCACCUUGAGCAAGCUAGCGGACAUGGGGGGGGAGGCGCAGCUCAUGCUGGCGCUGGGCCGGGAGGAGGCAACGAGGCGGCUGCAGCAGCAUCGGGAGGAGUGGGCGGGGGAGGGGGACUUUGAGUGGAUGGCGAAGCAGGGGGUGAACGCUGUGAGGAUACCGGUCGGCUGGUGGGUGGCUGUGGACCCGACCCCAGAGGAGUUUGUGGAAGGGGCUUUGGAAUUACUGGAUAAGGCUAUGGACUGGGCGCACACACACAGCAUCCGCGUUAUAGUGUGCCUGCAUGCUGCCCCCGGGUCCCAGAACGGGUGGGAGCACAGUGCGAGCCGCGACGGCAUCCCCAUGUGGGGCAAGCCCAGGACACCCUUUAUGGAUGAGACAGUUGACGCCAUCCGCUUCCUUGUGCAGCGCUAUGCGUCCCAUCCAGCCUUUGCCGGCCUAGAGCCAAUCAACGAGCCAAGGGCAGACGCAGUGUCGUUUGAUGACCUGGCUCGCUACUACGAGCGGUGCUAUGCGGUGCUGAGGGAGCAUUCGCCUUCCGCGUACUUCGUCAUAUCUGGGAGAAUUUUUGCCAAUGAGAGAGAGUGGGACGACUUCAUGACAAGUGCGCAGUACUCCAAUGUGAUAUAUGAUGCACAUUGGUACCAGGUGCACGAUCAUGCGGAGUUCGGCUCCCAGUCUGUGGACUUCAACCUGCAGUACCCCGCCAAGCAACGCGCUGCCGCCCUGCAGCUCCUGGAACGAGGCCAGCGGCUCGUCUUUGUGGGAGAGUGGUCCCUGGCUUUGCUGUGCGACACAAGUGACGACAUCAACUCUCGCUUUGCCAAAGCGCAGCUACAGGCGUACCUCGCUUCUUCUUCUGGUUCUUUCUUCUGGUCGCUAAAGCACGGGCAGGGAUGGGAUCCGUGGAGCUUCAAGGCGAGCGUGGAGCGUCGGUGGAUGACCCCCGCACUCUGGCCCUGGUCCCGCUCCCCGUUGCUUGCAUCCUUGGCUACAACUGCAGUUUCUCCAAGGAGGCGGUCUAAUUUGCAAAAUGGAGGGAAAAGAGAGGCACGUGACCGUGACGAGUUGUGACCUAUAUUGAAUUUCUGUGGUGACACAAUUUGGAAUAGCUGUUGGACGUAUUAAAGCCAACUCCCAUAUAUGUUAGCAUAUAUCCUUGCUUUGUGUGCGUAUCGUAAAUGAGUAAAAAUAUUUCUUAGUGCGUAUCAU